AUGGCGCAGGGCUGGUCCUCGCUUCUGGAGGAACUCGUCAACCGCGUCGCCGACUGUCUCAUAGCCACCAGCGACCUCGACUACUACAUGGACCUGCGAGGCGUCUGCCGGCACUGGCGCUUCUCCACCGCCGACCCCAGGAGCUACCAGCAGGAACCCCGCUUCCGAACCCACCCGGUGGGUCAUGCUGGACGAAGACAAGUUCUCCUCCUCCAGGUCUAA